GGGUUAUUGUCUAUGACUGAACUAGCUUCCAGUUACGCACAAUCCAAUAACUAUGUACGAAAAACGGACCAUACUUCGAAGAAGAAAAAGCAAGUUCCUCCCCCCAAAUAUUUGUGUGUUCCCGGUUCAUUAGCACUUUUGGAUAGGAUUUCAAUUAUUGAUAAAUCUAACUCACUAUGCAGUGAAAUCAAAUGUUUAUUUCAAAACAAUGAUAUAGAUAUAGAUGUCAAAAAACUGAAAGCGCUCCAGAGUGGUCCCGACCCUGGCGGCAUCCAGUUAGAAAGUGAAUCUAAAGCCAAAUCUUUGAAAAUUGGAAGAUCUCGUCGUCUAUUAAAGAAAGAUCUGAAACACGAAUGGUUAAAAGUUGCGGAUUGCCGUGUUUUCUGGUCUCAUAUAUUUCUGGGUUCAAAUGAGAUUAUUCGAUGUUUAGAGAGUUCUGUAUGUAAUAAAAGUGAAAAUAGCCAGGAAACUCAAGGAAAGAGGAUAUCAUGCGUUUUCGUUGAUUCCGGUUGGCUGACAUCACAUUAUGGUCACCAUUUGGCUAACUUGUGUACUCUGUUAGAUAUUAGAUUAUUGGCAAUCAAACCGACAGGAUCACUACCUGAGUUAGUUACAACUAAGUUUAAACCUGUAAAAAAGCUGGCAGUUUUGGGGUUUUGCCUAUCUAAUGAGAUUCCAUCAGAUCUCUCUGACAUUUGUAAACAAAUCCAUAUCAAGUUUCCUACACUUGGUGAUAAUACUAGUAGCAUUUCAUAUCCAAUGGACAUUAAAAAACGUGAGACUUCAUAUAAAACGACUAUUAAUUGUUCAAAAGCCUCUUCAUUAGUCGAGAAAAAAGAAAGUUGGGAGGAUGUGGAAAUUAAUUCAAAAUUAUAUGAUUAUAGUUCACCACCCCAUAAAUUUCCUAUCACUGAAUUUCAGUCAUACCUAUCUUCUCUCGCUCUUCAGUCACUUGAAAGUGAAAUUGUUCAUGGUAUGCUUGAUAGUGACGAUCAAUCUAACUUUGAAUACAGUUAUGACUUUUGUGCGUAUAAAUCACCUGUGUUAAAACGGGUCGUCGCUCGAACAGAACGUAAAACUCGAAAACGGAAAACGUUUGCAUCACAAUCUGUUGAGACAAGUAGUUUUGCAUCUUCUGUCAAUUUUCAGCCAAAAACUCCAAUAGAAAAAAAGACAAACAAUGAUACCAGCGAUAAGGUAAAACAAGAGGAGGUCAUACCUGUAGUUCGAUAAAUCCACUUUAUUACUGAAUUUUAUAAACCUAUGUACCCAGUGUGUAAUAAAAUUUCAGUUAUUCUUUUUAA